CACUGCAAGCUACAUCGUACACACACUCUCUCUCUUCACUUUACUGAUAGCGACGGCGACAGCAGCGACAGCAACGACGUCAAGCAGCGGCCUCCACAAGUAACGCACGCAUACCACACAUAAACGCACACCAACCCGAACCCACUACCGGCCCAUUCGUCGUUGUUUACGAGAUUAAUAUUUGGCCGCCAACACGGGCUGCGGUCCCCGCCCUGGCACCUGGCAUUCUCCUCUUGUUUCUUAACGCCAACGCAGUCAAGUAACAACGCCCAUAUCGCUACUCGCUACGACGUGAGCUCGACGCCGACGCAGACGCAGACGACCCUCGCCACCGACUCGCCAGCGACGACGACGACGACGACGAGCACUUCUUUGCGAGAAGAACCAGCAAAGAAGAACCAUACCUUCCGAACCCAAGGCACUGGAGCAGAGCACCACAAAGCACAUCUGGAGGCAAAUAAUUCAUCAAUCCACGCGACGGCACUCGCCCGAAUAGUGUCGCAAACACCCACCACCACGCGCUCGACGCGCUCCACCACCCGCCGUACCUGGCAAUGACCACGGUCGUGUCGACACGACCGGCGACGGCGAUGGCGACCGCCGACGAGGAAGCAGCAGCAGCGGCGGCGGCGGCAAACAACCUCCAGGUCACGCUCCGCCCCUCCGCUGGCGCGCUCGCACUCGCAGUCAGUGCAGAGACGGUCUUCCCGGCGCCAAUUGCCAACCUUGUCACGGCGCUCGCCACCUCUGCACGGCUGAGUCUGCGCGUGACAGCCUUUUUCAUCGAGGCCAUCCUCGAGACGUCACAGUAUGGCACGCGCGUGUCCCUGGGGUAUACGCGCCGCCUGCUCAUCUCGGCCAUCUCGUCGGCCCGCAGAGUCUACCUCGCGUCCAAUGCCGCCCUCGACAACGACCUCAUGGGCUACAUGGGCUUCUCGUCGGACAAGUCGGCGGGAACCACCGACGCCUUCCUCAACGUUCUCGAUCGCUGGACAAACCUGGGCAUCUACGUCAUUCACCACACGUUUACGCUCGCAGAACUGUUUGCCAUGAGCGGCUUCUACCUCACCGCAAACACGGUGCAGGGCGCUAGCUUUGCUGCGCACGAGAGUGUCACAUUGUUCGACUCGCUCUUUGGCAGCAACGAAUCGUCGCGCGCAUUGUCAAGUAUUAUCACCCUUGUGCGCAAGGAGCUUCUCGAGGACGACAGAUUCAAGGCUGCGGACCGUGGCAGAGUGGCCAGCUUGGCAGCGCUCACCAAGGCGCUAACGGCGUUUGCAUGUCUCCAGAGCGCCACCUGGGGCCGUUCUUCCCAGCGUUUACGCUUCAGAGUACUGUACGACUGCACUAUCACAAUCAGCGAUGACGAGUCCUUCUCGGCCAGUGCCGAGGGCCCGACCACCAUUUCCGAGGAAAUGGCGAUUGAGCAGCCCCCGGCCCCCGCCACAAUCUCUGGCCGACGCAGGAGGAGUGAACUCCCUGCCAUCGAGGUUAGCGUCGAGGAGGAGGACGCCGAGAUGGCAUCCGCGUCGCGCGAGGCCACACCGUCGCGCACGUUAGGCCCCACCCCCGAAUCCAACACCAACGCCGAUCUCGAGCUUCUCAGGCAGCUGGAGCAUCUCGUGGGCCCCGAAUCGGCCGACGACGAGGUGUUUGACGACAACACCCGACGACGCACCAGCCGUCUGAAGCGCCUCCGCGAGGACAUGUUUGAGAUUACAGACGAGGUGUCUGAGUCGACCGUGGUGACGCAGACGUUUGAGCGCCUCAGCACAGUGACGGCGCCGUCAAGUCCGCGCUCGUCGCGAUUCUCGGGCACGGGCACGACCCGCGGCCGCACUACCAGCAUCGCGCGAGACGACGACGUGCUCAUCGAGGCUCUCGAGUUGGACGACAGUGCUAUGGCGGUGGACGAGGACGAGAGGAUGACGGACGCGUCGGCGUCGACGACGCCACGGACGCCGACUUCGGGGCUCCCAAGGAGUAACUCGAUCCUUCCCCUGUCUGACAUUGUGCCGACGGUUGUGGAGGCCGACGAGACCGAGUGGAUCGAGGUCGACCACCUGCUGGACGACGGCACUCGCGACGAGACCCUCCCCAGUGCGCCCAACGGCGUGCCGCCCAGCUCGCCGGUCGCCAGCAUCCACCAGCCCGAUCACAACACGGAGAAGAUCCAGCUCGUCCUCCGCACCAUGACGAACAAGCUGCUUCAGCGCAAGCGCGUCGUGCGAAGAGUACAGCAGUCGCGCAUGUCGGCAUCCCCCUCCCCUCCCCCGAGCCGCAGCCAGCGGAGCGGUGGCACGUCUCGUGACGAGACCAGCCGCCCCGACCGCCCCGACGUUCGUGCCAUUCAGUGGGAAGUUCCCACCCGACCCGCUCCACCUCCCCCUAGGCAGUCUACGCCGCCAAAGGAGAGACGAGGGAGCAGUUCGGCCGGAGCGGGCGGCUCGGGGCGAUCAUCCCCCAAACCCACAGCAUCGACAUCACCAAAGGGCAAGGGACGUCUCUUCCCCCGCCGAUCAAUGCUUGGCCUCAGAGAUGAGCGCUCCGAGUCGUCGUCAAACGAGGCUGGACCAUCUCGGUCCCGUCGCGAGGGCUCGUCGCGCUCACAUCGGGACGGCGGCUCCUCAGCUUUCGGCUCUGUUCGGGCGGCGUUCUCGUCGUCCAAACACGCCCCGCCCGUCCCCUUCCCCGGGGCGCCAGACGUCAAGAAGGAGCCUCCAGCGCGCGUGGCUCCCAACUCGCCGCCUAGCGCGCGAGCACCCCGAGUACCUCCGCCGUCACCGUACGCUCCGCCUCAGCGCCUACCUCGUACGACGAGCACUACGACUGUCCAAGAGUCGCUACGCACACGUGCCAACCGUGUCCGCACCGAGAGCGCGCAAAUGUUCACCCCGUCUGCCCCAACAGUCGACACUGCGACAAACUUGUUCCCACACGAACCGCUGAUCAGGAAUAUUCACCGGUUUAUGCGCUACUCGUCUGCCGCUUACGGCCAGAACUUCUUGCGCAUCUUUGGACUUGGCAACGCUGAUUUCAACUUCCCCACGACUGGUCGCCACCACGCCAACAGCUGGGCCUUUGCGCAGCACACCAACAUUCCCAUCGACUCACUACUCCUCUCGUCGUAUUCGGAAUCGUCGCCCGCGUUCAGCUCGGCCAAGGCGCCACCACUGGUCCACUACAUUGCUGUCGAGCACAAGCUCAAGGCGAUUGUGCUGACAUGUCGUGGCACCUUGGGCCUGUCCGACGUGCUCGUCGACCUGACGUGCGACUACCGCGAGAUCCCUGUCGAUGGCGGUGACCCCAACGCGUCGUACCUUGUCCACUCAGGCAUGUACGAGUCGGCGCUGCAGCUCACUGCCAAGCGAUCCACUGUGCACCAGACGCUCGUCGACGCGCUGAACAAGUACCCCAACUAUGGUCUUGUUCUCUGCGGCCACUCACUCGGUGGCGGUGUCGCAGGGCUCCUGGCCAUCUCGUGCAGCGUCAAGCGUGAACGCUUCAUUGAGCAGAACGCUGCUCGUGCCGUACCAGUCAAGCACCCCCGCAUCACGACUCCCUUCGUCACGUCGUUUGGGUCUGGCCUCCCGCCCGGUCGCCCGAUCCACUGCUACGCCUACGGCAUCCCGGCCGUCGCGAGCUCGGACCUGGCGCAGUACAGCGCAGGCCUCAUCACGUCGGUUGUGCAAAACUCGGACGUCGUGCCAACCCUCUCGCUCGGCGUUCUCCGCGACCUCAAGAACAUCGCCGUGACGCUGUUCGAGGAGGGCAACAUUGCCGAGGAGAUUGUGAGCCGCGUGAUUGGCAUCAACAGAAGCAAGUUUGCGUUCCAGGCCGGCGAGCCAUCGACGUCGACCGAGCUGAUCGAGUCGGUCAGCGACGAGCAAGUGUUAAGCGACUGGAUGAUGUCGCUCAUCAAGACGAUGCGCGCGGAUAUGGACAACGACAAACUGUACCCGCCGGGUAUGGUCUACGUCAUGGAGUACUUUGACGUGUUUGUGACGGUCGACGCGGAGGACCGCAUGUCGGGAGAGAAGGCAACGUCGAGCAAGCGUGCUCAGAGAGUGAUCCUCCGCCAGUGUGACUCUGUCGAGGAGAGAUUCCGCGAGCCGCUCUUCUCCAAGACGAUGCUCAACGAUCACCUGCCUUCGCACUAUGAGCGUUCGACGCAGCUGUUGUAUGACGGUCUUGGACAGGGCCUAUUGUAGGGGCAGGGCGUAGAAGCCUUGCGUGAUAUUGUAGCGUUCGAGUUGUAGUAGUCUAAUGCGACCUGCAUGCGUACAGUG